AUGUUUGACAAGCUGAAGAAGAAGCUACACCAUCACAAGAACAAAAGUCAUGCUGCCGAAGCACCUGAGUUGCCGACGGCAGAUGAUGCAAAGGUAGCUUCUCCCGGACUCGAAGAAGAGAAGAAACUCCCAACCAGGAAAGCCGCAAAUUCGUUGCAGGCCGACCCACAGCCUGCGGCACAGCCAAAUGCUUUUGCAAAAGAUCUCUGGUGGGACGCCCUCCAGAAACUGCCCGCUGCGAAGCAGACUCAACUGAAGAGCAUGGGAUUCGGAAAGCUCGGCUCGGGGGAAUCGGUCGAGACUGGUAUCGACGAUCUCGUGGAGGCUGUCAACAAGAAGCAGGAAGAGUGUGAGAAAAAAUUCUGGCGUGUCUCAGUUGGAGAUAACGACAUUGUCCUGCGGAACUAUACAACGAAGAUCGUCGGUUGGGUGCAGAAAGCCGGUGAUAUUGCAAUUCAGUUCGCACCGCCGCAAGCUAGUAUGCCAUGGUCUGCUAUCAAGUCCCUCAUGCAGGUCCCCGUCAUUGAAGGGGAACAGAUGGCCGCCUUGCUAGGAGCCACUGAGAAGAUUGUUCGCAUCGUCAGUCGGGGACAAGUCUAUGAACAAGUGUACUUGUCAAAUGUCCCCGGCUCACCCGAAGAUAAACUAUCGAGGGGUCUGCAGGAUGCCUUAUUGAGGAUCUACACUACCUCAUUGGAGCUUCUAGCAGAUUCGGGCGGUCUAUUCUCUAAAAAUACCGCUCAUAGGACCCUUGAUGCGAUCCUGAACCCGGGGAAUGUUUCUAGCGGGCUCUCAGCUCUUGCACAGCAAGAAGAUGAGCUUCUUCGUGAUGUCCAAGCAUGUGAGACUCGACGCAGUGCAGCAGCAGAUGAUCGAAUGAUCGGGAUGCUUGACGCUCUGAAUGCUCCAUUAACACGAGUGGAUAAGAAUGUACAGACUCUUCUUAAAGGGAUGGAGAAGGAAGGGCGCAUUGCAUUGCUGGAAUGGAUUUCGUCGGUGCCGUUUGGUGACCAUCAUGGCAACGUGAAAGAGGGGAGGACACCCGGAACGGGUGAAUGGCUGUUACAGGACAGUAGUUUUUGUAGUUGGGAAGAAGCCAGCUCAUCUGGUAUUUUCUGGCUUCAAGGCUCUCCAAAGCUAGCCGGUACGGGAAAGACGUACCUCACAUCGCGAGUCAUCGAUCUUUAUCAGAGCAUGCUGAGCGACCCUCCCAAAGAUGAGGGUUUCGCCUUCUUUUACUGCAACAGGAAUGAAGAGGAUCGUGGAAAGGCACUGUCUGUUUUCCGAAGCUAUGUGCGCCAACUUUCAACUACCCCGGCCAGUCCCGAAUCAAUCCAGACUGAGUUGAAGAAGGCAUGCUCGGAGGCUCGAGAAAGCGGAUCAAAGCUCAGCUUCGAAACCUGCAAGGAACUAAUUGCUGAGUCUUUGAAUGUGUACCCAAAGACUACGCUGGUGAUUGACGCUCUCGACGAAUGUGAUUCAGAAUCUCGCGAUAUAAUAAUUGAUACGCUGAACACUCUUGUGUCUGAAACGAACAAUACCGUCAAAAUAUUUAUCUCAAGUCGACCUGAUCCGGAUAUUCAGGCUCUAUUGGUGAGGAGUACCAGCGUCGCUAUUCAAGCAAGUCACAAUCAAGCCGACAUUCAGAAAUUUCUCGAAAUACAACUGGACAACCUCGCCAGAAAGACCGCCUUCAUUGGCCGGAUGAAGGCAAAAAUCAUUGCUAAGCUUCUGGAGGGUUGCCAGGGAAUGUUUCAAUGGGCGUCGUUGCAGGUUCACCAAAUUUUUAGAUGUAAAACUGAAUCAAGCGCUUGGAAGCGACUCGAAAACCUUCCAGAGGAUCUUCAGAAGGCAUAUGAUGAGAUAUGGAAUGAGAUUGAAGCUUUAGAGGAGCCAGACAAGACCCUCACUAAACGCGCGUUGACAUGGGUAAUGGCCGCACACAAGCCCAUGAAGACCAAUAUGCUCCUAUCUGCGAUCCGUGUAGGAUCAAAAGAUGACGAAGAAUUCUUGGCUGAUGAGAUUGACGAGCAAGGGUUACUAUCACUUUGUAACAACUUCCUUGUGAUUGAUUCAAAGAUGGGGGUGUGGCGUUUCUCACAUGCUUCGGUCAUAGAAUACUUGGAAAGCAGGCACAAUUGGACCCUCCCUCAGGCACAUUGCCAUGCCGCUACUGCUUGUCUCUCGUUUUUCAUCAACGUCUACGAGGAUGAUCUGGAAACUGUGCCCAAUGAAGAGCUGCAGGAUUUCUGGCGGAGCGAAGAGUCCAUUCCAGAUGGAAAGUUCGACAUCAUCGACAUACGGAACCCAUUUCACAUCUACAUUAGACACUACUGGGUUGUCCACGUGCAUGGAUCCGGCUGUUCCGAAGAAAGCACGGUGGCAUCCCUUUUGAAGACCUUCCUCGGGGCCCCCGAUGACAGCAGUGUACAAUAUCGGACAUGGUACAGGCAAGUGCGGCUUGAUGCGAGCAUGAAGCCCCUUCUUGACAACUCAACUGGCUGGGACAUCUCUGGCUUCGAUAGCAAUACCUUCAACUACUACCUCCCUCCCCUGGAACUUAUCUAUAUUCAGAUUGGGUAUAUUUGGGGGAGCGAACUAGAACCAGAAGAUGCCGCCAUUUUCGCCAUGUGUCGCUUCGCAUUUGACAAGAUUCUGUGGGGAUGGUGA